CAGCGAUGUGGCGGAUGCGGAUACGGCUACUCACUGGCUACCUGGUCCUGCUGGCCCUCGGCCAUCUGCCGGAGCACGGCGCACUGGGCCAGAAGUACUACAUGAACUUUGCCUUCAACAAUAAUAAUCCGGACGCAGAGGGCGGAGCCGGAGCCGGAGCCGGAGGGGCUGCCGCUGGUGGUGGUGCCGCUGGCGGAGGAUCCCAUGAAGGAUCGACCGAUGCGGAUGGCAGCGGUUCGACGGAUGCCCCUGGCGAUAAACAUGCCUCGGGUGAAGCCCAUACCUCUGAACCUCAUCACUCUGGCGAUGACUCCAGUGGGGAUGAGAAACAUACAACAACUGAUGCAUCUGAAAGUCAUUCGAAAGAAGAUUCCAAGAGCGGGAGCCAUGAAGCCGACACCGGAAAGGAUGAUGACAACGACGAUAGCGACAGCAAGGACGCCAAGGAUCGGCGCACGAAGGUGGAGGAGAACGAGCGCAACGGUGGGGACAAGCGCAACGAUCACAGCCACCACAGUAGCUACGAGAUCAGCAUCGACGACAGUUUCGGCGGGCGGUACGUGCGAUCCAUAUACGAGAGCAGCGAGAGCCACGGACACUCCGGCAGCAAUGCGGGCUCUAACCAGCGGGACAGCAAGGCUCGCGAAAGCAGCCAGGAGAAGUCCCAGGACGCGGCCCAGGACGCCAACGAACGGGCUCCCCUCGCCACUGGCACCGUGGCCGAUGCGCCGGAAACUGGAGCUCUAGAUGCCAAGCAGGAUGACUACGAGGAAAUGUAACACCACCGGGAGAUCUGAGUUAAGAUUCGCUCGAGGGACUUUGGGAAGACGCAGCCACUUCAAUUGAUUUUAUCAUUAAAAUGACAAUAAAAUUUAAACACUAA